AAUUUUAAAUAGAUAUUUGUAGGGUCUUAUCAAACAUUCUCGAUUGUCUACAUUUCAUUUACUUCUGAUACGAAUCUCAAUGUCAGAGUGGGAUUAUUAGAGAGAUAAGAGAUCAUUUAGAAGAAUCUAAAUAAAAAAAAUAGUAGAUAUUCAAAAGCUAGUCUAUAUCUAUAAAUGGUUAUUGAAUGAUCCUACUUGAGAACGUCUAUCAAUCACUAAUUUUAAAUCACUCAAUAUACAGUUAAAUGAUAUGACUUAUUGUCUAUUAUGUAAAAAGCUUGAUAGGAUGCCAGGAUAUUAGAAUAUCUUCAGUCUCCAUUUAAAAAGAAAUGAGAAUUCCUAUGAAGAAGUUUUAGGAAAUAAGGGAGAUCAGGGAAGUAUUUGGAUUUAGCUUCAUGAGAUUAUAUCUGGAAGAAAUUGUGAUGAGGAGGAAGAAAUUCCAGUUCUAGAAUAGAUACUGGAGUUCAUACAUAUUUUUGAACUAAAAGGUUGUAGUGGGCGAAGGAUGCUUGCAAAUAAUAAAGUACAACUUCUUGCAAGGUCAAAAUAUUGUAUAUAGGUUGACAUUAUGUCGUUGCAUUUUGGCUGCUAUUAACCAAAAUUGCAUAUGUAAACAUAAACAAAAUUUUUAACAUCUAAGUAACAAGAAAAAAGUAGUCUGUGGAUCCCUGGCAAUAAUUAUAUCUGCUGAUGCCUUGUUUUUGAACCCUGAUUGACAGGAGAGAGUACCCAGGCGGGCUAGGCCUUAACUAGAUAGAACAAGGGGAAACAUGAGUUAAUGUUGUUAUUUUCAGUGGGUUUGUAGGUUUUGGGUUCUUUGUUGAGGAAUGAUGAAGUCCAAAGUUGACAAAAUGUUUAGUUUAUUGAACAGAGUUUCAAAAGGUACCUGUUAAUGUACACAAAAGUCAGUAUCUAACUUUUACAAUUUUAAUAAGAAAAAUAUUCAGGACUUUAUAUAAAAGCAACUUACUUGUUUGUUUACAAUUUUGUGAAAGAAAAUUAAUGAACAAAGUUUUGGCAAGUGGCGACAAAAUUUGAAUACCAAAAUAAUAAUACAAAAUGAACAUACCUUUUGAAUCGUUUAACUUAACUAAAUUAACAUGAACCUGGUUACCAACUUUGACUCUAUAUAAAGCAAAAUAGUGUGAGGCUGGGAUAGGUCGGGUCAGCUGUCAAUUUGAUCAAUUCUCAACAGUUAAGCUAUAGAAUUGGACGAAAAAACAUAUAAAAUAUAACUAAAAAAUUCUUGUCUAGAAGCCGUUAAUGUUGCAAGUGAUUUAAACAAUCAACCGGACUUCAUCUGCGCAUUCUUUUGAUCAAGGCAUAUUGCGUUUUACAUUGCAUCAAGCAAAGAGGUUUUGAGGAACACAAGAAACCUUGAAGUUGCAAUGCAAUGUGAGAUCUUAUGUAUAAUCCAGGGUAUAUUUGGAUAAAUUGAAGUGAAUCGUGCAAAUCUUUUAGAUGCAUUGUACGAGAUGACUUGCGUUAUGGACUAACCUUUGUACUCGCCUGAUCUAGUACCAUGCAAUAAUAUUUCUAAAACUGCAAGGGAAGAAACUUUUCGGCAAAUUUUAUGUUAGCUGGGACAUUCUAUUAUGAAAUACGUGUACAUCCUUGAAAAUGAACUUCUCCAAUUAACUUUUCAUGACAUAUUAUCAUCCAUCAUAGGAAACGUGAAACAAAAACUACAUACUCAUUAAAUUUAAACCUGUAGUCCAUAAAACACAGAUAAGAUUAGAAUUUCAUUUUUAUAGUACGACUUGAAUCAUGUUACUGACUCCAACUUUUUAUAAUGGAAGCUAUUGAUAUAGAAAAUUUACUUUUAAACAAUGAUGAAAAAGCUAAACAUUUCGCUAAAGAAAAUUUGAAUGAAACCAACGAACACAGAGAAAAAUGUUUGGAAGAAAUUAGAAAAUGGUUAACAGAAGACCAGGCUAAGUUACAUGCAAGAAUGGAGGAUCAAUAUUUAUUACCCUUCUUAAGAGGAUGUAAGUAUAAUAUGGAAAAAACAAAGAAGAAAUUAGUUAAUUAUUAUACUAUGAGGAGGAACGUUCCCGAAUGGUUCCAAAACAGAAAUCCAGAGCUGAAAGAAAUCCAGGAUUUAAUGAAAUUAGGAGUAUUUGUGCCAUUAACAAAACUACAGGAUAAUAAACUGGUAGUUAUUGUACGAACAGCUAUACACGACCCAUGUAUUCACACCCAAGACAAUGUAUUCAAAACUGGAAAUAUGAUGAUGGAUGUCGCAUCUUUAGAAAAUAUCAUACCGGCUCAAAUUUAUGGCGUCAUAGCGAUAUUUGAUCUUUACGGUAUGGAUUUCGAUCACGCCAAAGAAUUUACACCGAGCAUGAUCAAGAAGGCAGUAUUUUGUUGGCAAAAUUACCAUGUUAGACCUAAAAACCUCGAGUUCAUCAAUGCACCACCCACAAUAAAUGUAAUUUUAUCAAUAUUCAAGAGUUUCAUGAGCGAAAAAUUGAAAAAUAGAAUAAAAGUUCAUACGGACGGAUACGAAAAGUUAUAUGAAGUGGUAAGCAAAGAUAUAUUACCGCCAGAAUACGGAGGUCAUGGAGAAACAAUGGAAGAACUUAUAAAAUAUUGGAAUGGUGUAUUAUUAAAAUAUAAAACUUGGUUUUUAGAUGAUGAGAUGUAUAAAUCUGAUUAAAAAGUUUUAUGUUCAUAUUUCUACUUCAUUUAUGAAUAAAAUUCCAUAUACAAAAA